AUGUUCGCAGUUACCGAAGUGACUGGGAUAUUUCUGCGCGUACUUCUGAACCACCUCCAUCAUACAAUGCACUACUUUUCCGCCGCUCGUCUUUAUCAACCACAGUCCCCUGCCCCAACACUUUAUGACCUCAUCCCUCACUACGACACACACCAGAUGUGUUCCGAAUUCUAUCCUGUCCCCGAAGAGCAUCUUUUCGUCGAAGAGCAUCUUUUCGUCGAAGAGGGUCUCCUCGUCGAAGAGGACGCGCUCUCAUCCCCGCCUUCCUCUGCCGACAGCCCCCUCAAGCCUCUCAAAAAACACCACACACUGCCCUUCUCCCCUUCCGCUCUCCUCCCGACCGCCCUCAUCCUCUCCUCCUCUGUCUUCUUCGCCGCCAUGAGUGUCUCCGUUCGAAGCGCUGUCCUCAAUCACCGUCUCUCCGUCCCCCUCAUCACCUUUUCCCGCGCCCUUCUCCAAUUCUGUAUCUCCUCCCUGCUCCUCAUCACCCUCUACACUCGUUCCCUUCUCUCCACCCUCACCCGCACCUCCCUCCUCAAACUCGCCCUGCGCGCCCUUCUGGGCUCCCUCUCCAUCCUCUGCAAAUACGCCACCCUCUCCCGCCUCCCGACAUCUCUCGCCGUUGCCCUGUUCUCCACCUCACCGCUUUUCGCCCACUUCCUCUCUCCAGAGCCGCUCUCGCCACGCCAACCAUUCGCCUUCUUCCUCACCUUUCUCGGUGCCCUCCUUGUGGGGCUCCCCGCUUUCCUCCCGUCUUCUUCCCAGCCCUAUACUGCGCUCCCUAUCAUUCUUGGCCUCGCCGCAGCCUUCUGCACGGGCGCCUCCAUUGUUACUGUGCGCAAGCUCGACGGAAACGUCCAUUUCAUAACCAUUGUCUUUGCGAUCAGCAUCGGCACUAUGAUUGCCCCCAUAAUUUUGUACGCCGUGCAGCACUCAGAGUUUCUACCCGUUCAACUGGCUAAUAUCCCACACGAACACAUCGCCCCUUUGCUUGCCAUCGGCUUGUUUGCUUUUGCAGGCGCGUCUUGCUUUAAUCGCGGCAUCCAGCUCACCACCGCCGCGAGAGCAGCCCUGCUGCGAUCCUCUGAUAUUCCCGUGAACUUUCUCAUAGCCGCACUCGUCCUAGAGUUUGCUUCACAAGAACGAACCAAAACCGUGGAUAUGCAUAAUUGCCACGGGGUUCAUCAUGUCGAGGCAUUCGCUGUACGGUUACCAUUCCAACUGGUAAAGCACUGUCCACUUUUCCGCACUCUGGCCGAAAUGGUGGGGCGCAAAAGAUGCGAAAACGUUCAUCGUCACCGUGCAGCUCCGUCAAAGAGCUGCAAGACAUUUACCCCGUAA